AUGAGCGCGGGGAUGGGGGCGCCGGCCUCCUUGGGCGCCGUCUGUCCGCCGAGCUCGGUGGGCGCGGUGGGUGUGAUGGGCGCGGUGGGCGCAGUGGGCGGCGCGUGCCCGGCCGUGAGCGGUGAGUGUGUGGGCGCGAGGAGUCCGCUCGCCCCGUCUUCUGUCCCCUCGUGUCCCGGCGCGCCUCGCGCUAGAUAUAAGUUAGGUAAUGUGCGGGGUCGUCGGCCGCCGCCGCCGCCGCCCGCUCCGCUCCGUCACAAUGUACCUACUUCAUUAUAUCUCCUUGGUCCCCGAGUGCUCGAUGAUCGUUUGUUAGUGUCCGCCGCGGCUCGUGCUCGCUCCUCCGUCACAUAUCGUUACACUUACUUCACGUGUCUCAUGUUAUCGUCGCUCAUUAUACCCUUAUACCCUUCCAUGACGAAGGUGAUCCCUUGGGACUAUUAUUUAAAAUCAAUCAGAGACUUCCACGCGGCGCCCAUCUAUGACCUGCUGCAGGUCGGCGACGUGUUCACAGGGCCGGGCGCCAAGUGUUCCUCGCUGCCGGCCAUCCUGGGCGGGAACCUGCCGCGGCUGUCCUCGGAACAAGCGGACGCCGUGUCUCGAGCCAAGAAGUACGCCAUGGAGCAGAGCAUCAAGAUGGUGCUGAUGAAGCAGACUCUGGCGCACCAACAGCAGCAGAUGGCCUCGCAGAGGACGCAGGUGCAGCGGCAACAGGCGCUCGCGCUCAUGUGCAGAGUGUACGUGGGGUCGAUAUCGUUCGAGCUGAAGGAGGACACCAUCCGUCAAGCGUUCCUGCCGUUCGGACCGAUCAAGUCCAUCAACAUGUCGUGGGACCCGGUGACACAGAAACACAAAGGGUUCGCUUUCGUCGAGUACGAGAUACCGGAGGCGGCCCAGCUCAGCCUGGAGCAGAUGAACGGAGUGAUGCUGGGGGGCAGAAACAUCAAGGUGGUGGGGAGACCGUCCAACAUGCCGCAGGCCCAGGCCGUCAUAGACGAGAUACAGGAGGAGGCCAAGCAGUACAACAGAAUAUACGUGGCCUCCAUACACCCUGAGCUCACCGAGGACGAUAUUAAGAACGUCUUCGAGGCGUUCGGUCCUAUCACGUACUGCAAGCUAGCUUACGGAGCGUCCGCGCACAAACACAAGGGCUACGGGUUCAUUGAGUACGCGACCCUUCCGGCGGCGCUCGAGGCGAUCGCGUCCAUGAACCUGUUCGACCUGGGCGGGCAGUACCUGCGGGUGGGGCGCGCCAUCACUCCUCCCAACGCGCUGGCCGGUCCUCCGCAGGCCUCCGCCAUGCCGACCGCGGCCGCCGUGGCCGCCGCCGCCGCCACCGCCAAGAUACAGGCCAUGGACGCCGUCGCCAGCAACGCCGUCGCGCUCGGACUCACCAAGCUGAACGCGCUUGGCGUGCCGCCCGCCGCCGCGCUGCCCACACUCGCCGCCGCGCUACCGGUCGCUCUGCCUGCCACGCUGCCCGCCGCUCUACCCGCCGCGCUCCCGGUGACCCUCCCGGCCGCGCUGCCAGUCACGCUGCCCGCCUCCUUACCGGCCGCGCUGCCCCCCCCGCCGGUGAUCCCCCCGCCGGGUGUAGUGAUCCCCCCCGCGCCCCGCCCGCCCGCCCCCGAGCCCCCCACAGAGGGCGAGGUGGUCCAGCAGGCGGCGCUCCAACGUAAGCUCCUGGACAGUUCCCCGGACACGCUCCAGCAGCAGGAGUCGCUGUCCAUCUCGGGUCAGUCGGCGCGUCACCUCGUGAUGCAGCGCCUCAUGAGGCGGCGCGCGAGCAGGACCGUGCUGCUGGAGAACAUGGUGGCGGCGCACGAGGUGGACGACGCGCUGCACCACGAGAUACAGGAGGAAUGCUGCAAGUGGGGCCGCGUGGAGAGACUAGUCAUAUACAACGAGAGGCAGAGCGAGGACGACGACCCCGCACACGCUGACGUCAAGAUAUUCGUACAGUUCGCCGACCCCGAGGAGGCGGGCGCGGCGGCGGGGGCUCUCUCUGGCCGGUACUUCGGAGGUCGCACGGUGCGCGCCCGACUAUACGACCAGGACCUGUUCGACCACGGAGACCUGUCGGGCUGA